GUUACAGGACGGCGACUUUGACCCUGGCCUACCCUGGAAUGGCAGUUCGCUAGCCGACCUGCGAGAGAGCAUUUCGCCGAGUAUUCGGAUCCUUCCUCUCUUCUUCUUCUCGCCGUCUCCUUCUCUGGGUAGUACAGUGGUUACUUUCACGCUAUUUUUGUUUCUGAUUUGACGGAAAUGUUGGUGAAGCUUCUUCAGCUUUCUGCGGUGUUUUAAUCUUACCGAAUGCAGAAUUGAUUUCCUAGUAGUUUCUUGUGUGUCUGCUUGUGGGCGGAGUUCGUAUUUAGGUGGCUGGAGCGGUUGAAUCGAAUCGGAAGGGGAGCGAUCUUGUGUAUGAGUGAAAGGAGAAGUAGGAGGAGAAAGAAAGAAAUCGGUAUUUGUAGAUCGGAGGAUGGAGAACCUUAUGAAUGAGGAAUUUGCGGCGGUGAAGUCGAAGCACUCGUCGGAAGAGGCGUUGCGGAGGUGGAGGGAGCUGUGUAUUUUGGUGAAGAACCCCAAGCGCACGUUCAGGUACACCGCCAAUCUCUCCAAGCGCAAGGAGGCUGCUGACAUGCGCCUCACCAUUCAGAAGAAGCUCAAAAUUGCAGUUCUGGUUUCCAAAGCUGCCAUUAAUUUUGUCAAAGGCGCCCCAGUGAAACCAAUAGAGGAGUACGUUGUUCCUGAGGAAGUCAAAGCUGCGGGUUUUAACAUUUGCGCUGAUGAGGUGGGAUCUGUUGUUGAGGGCCGUGAUCUUGAAAAGCUUAAAUCUCAUGGUGGUGUAGCUGGUAUUGCUGAUAAACUUGCAACAUCAACCACCACGGGUCUCACUACUGAUACUGCUUUGCUGAAUCGGAGACAGGAGAUUUUUGGAAUCAAUAAAUUUGCCGAAAGUGAAGCCCGUAGUUUUUGGGUGUUUGUUUGGGAAGCACUUCAAGACAUGACUCUCAUGAUCCUUGGCGUGUGUGCAUUUGUCUCUUUGAUAGUUGGCCUGGCAACGGAAGGAUGGCCAAAGGGGGCUCAGGAUGGCCUGGGAAUUGUUGCAAGCAUUUUGCUGGUUGUAUUUGUCACGGCAAUAAGUGAUUAUCGGCAAUCCUUACAGUUUAGGGAUUUGGACAAAGAGAAGAAGAAAAUUGCCAUUCAAGUUACAAGGAAUGGAUAUCGACAAAAGAUGUCAAUAUAUGAUCUCUUACCUGGUGAUAUUGUACAUCUUUGUAUUGGGGACCAAGUCCCUGCAGAUGGACUCUUUCUUUCUGGAUUUUCUGUUGUUGUUGAUGAAUCAAGUUUGACCGGAGAGAGUGAGCCAGUUAUGGUAACUGCUGAUAAUCCAUUUCUUCUCUCAGGAACUAAGGUCCAAGAUGGAUCAUGCAAGAUGUUGGUGACCACUGUCGGAAUGAACACCCAAUGGGGUAAGUUGAUGGCUACACUUAGUGAGGGGGGAGAUGAUGAGACCCCACUGCAGGUUAAACUGAAUGGAGUGGCAACCGUAAUUGGAAAAAUAGGCCUUUUCUUUGCUAUUGUGACUUUUGCAGUUCUAGUGCAAAAAUUGUUUGGCCGUAAACUGCAAGAGGGAACCCAGUGGAGCUGGUCUGGAGAAGAUGCAUUGGAAAUGUUGGAAUACUUUGCUGUUGCUGUCACAAUUGUUGUUGUUGCAGUUCCUGAGGGGUUGCCUCUGGCUGUCACAUUGAGCCUUGCCUUUGCCAUGAAGAAGAUGAUGAAUGAUAAAGCUCUGGUCCGGCAUUUGGCUGCUUGUGAGACAAUGGGAUCUGCCACUAGUAUUUGUAGUGAUAAAACUGGGACUCUGACGACCAACCACAUGACAGUCGUGAAAUCUUGCAUUUGUAUGAAUAUCAAGGAAGUCGGCAAAUCAGGUAAUGCUUCUAUUUUGUGCUCUGAAGUCCCAGAUUCAGGUUUAAAAGUUCUGUUACAAUCCAUAUUCAAUAAUACUGGUGGAGAAGUUGUGGUUAACAAAGAGGGCAAGCGGGAGAUAUUGGGAACACCAACUGAGACUGCUUUAUUAGAGUUUGGCUUAUCGCUGGGCGGAGAUUUUGAGUCUGAGCGAAAUGCAUCUAGACUUGUUAAAGUUGAGCCAUUCAACUCUACGAAGAAACGGAUGGGGGUGGUGUUGGAGCUUCCUGAUGGAGGUCUGAGAGCUCAUUGCAAGGGUGCUUCAGAACUAGUUUUAGCUGCCUGUGACAAGUUGGUUAAUUCCAGUGGUGAGGUUGUUCCCCUCGAUGAAGCUUCUAUUAACCAUCUCAAGGUCACAAUAGAUCAGUUUGCUAGUGAAGCUCUUCGGACUCUAUGUCUUGCAUAUAUGGAUCUGGACAAUGGGUUCUCUGCUGAUAAUCCUAUCCCAGUUUCAGGAUACACUUGCAUAGGAAUUGUUGGUAUCAAAGACCCUGUUAGGCCUGGUGUGAAGGAAUCAGUUGCGCUUUGUCGUUCAGCUGGUGUUACCGUUCGGAUGGUUACAGGAGACAACAUAAAUACAGCAAAAGCUAUUGCUAGGGAAUGUGGAAUACUUACUGAUGAAGGUAUUGCCAUAGAAGGUCCAGAUUUUCGGGAGAGGAGCCUUGAGGAAUUGCUAGAGCUAAUCCCCAAAAUUCAGGUGAUGGCUCGGUCCUCGCCUCUAGACAAGCAUACAUUGGUAAAGCACUUGCGUACCACAUUUGAUGAAGUUGUUGCAGUUACUGGUGAUGGAACAAAUGACGCCCCAGCACUUCAUGAAGCAGAUAUCGGACUUGCAAUGGGCAUUUCUGGAACUGAGGUUGCUAAAGAGAGUGCUGAUGUCAUAAUUCUGGAUGACAAUUUCUCCACAAUUGUGACUGUGGCGAAAUGGGGGCGAUCAGUCUAUGUAAACAUCCAAAAAUUUGUACAAUUCCAGCUGACUGUUAAUGUGGUUGCACUAAUUGUCAACUUCUCUUCAGCUUGUCUGACAGGGAGUGCUCCUCUCACUGCUGUUCAACUUUUGUGGGUCAACAUGAUUAUGGACACGCUUGGAGCACUUGCACUAGCAACUGAGCCUCCUAAUGAAGGAUUAAUGAAGCGAUCCCCAGUUGGAAGGAGAGGAAAUUUUAUCAGUAAUAUUAUGUGGAGGAAUAUCUUAGGGCAAUCUCUUUAUCAGCUCCUGGUAAUAUGGCUUCUUCAGGCAAAUGGAAAAGCAAUAUUUGGCCUUGAAGGCAGCAAUUCCGAUUUGAUCCUAAACACACUAAUAUUCAACUCAUUUGUCUUCUGUCAGGUAUUCAACGAAAUAAGCUCCAGAGAGAUGGAAAAGAUAGAUGUUUUCGAGGGCAUACUAGACAAUUAUGUUUUUGUGGCCGUUCUCGGUUGCACCGUCAUUUUCCAGAUCAUAAUCAUCGAGUACCUGGGCGCAUUCGCUAGCACAACACCCCUCACCUACACACAGUGGUUCGCUAGCAUUUUCACCGGAUUCUUAGGCAUGCCUAUUGCGGCAGCCGUAAAGAUGAUCCCUAUGGAUUCAUGACUUCAAACAGGGGCGGAUCCAGGGAUGAAUCUGGGACGGGCUGCCCCAGAUCCAUCAGUGAUUUCAGCCCCCUCUCCCCUCCCAAGUAGUCCAAAUUCCAGGGGGGCAGCCCGUCCCCCCCCCCCCCCCCCCCCGGGAUUCCGCCCCUGACUUCAAACAUGCUAUUAAAUAAUGAACUUCAGCUUUCGUUCCAGUCCCCCUGUUCAUGUCUAGCAGGACAUUCCUUUAUUUCUGUUUGACUAACCCAAGAUUGGCGCUGACGAAUUCCCUUGGUAGCUUAAAACAACUUUAGUGUUCAUUUUUUGAACUCUGGAUGGCAAGGGCAAGGCUGAUCAGAGUAUUUUCCCAGUUCAACUUGUUCUCAAAUUCUUUGCCUAUGCCUAGCCUCUGUUGUCCAGUGAUUGAAGCUCUUUUCCUUAGUCUGUAUACAUGUAAAUUUUAGAGAUCUUGCAUUAAGUUUGUUGAACGUGUCAUAUCCAUUAGGAUGCAGGGCUGACAUUGUUCUCCUUCAAAUACUGUCAAUAGUAUAGGCACUGUUUACAUGUACUGUUUCCAUUUUGAAAGCAAUGGCUGGUUAAGUAUAUGCUUUAAAACUAAAAAAUAAGGGCAAUCUCUUGCUCUUAGCAACACACAAUGAAUUCUUGGCCCUAUCUCGUGAAUGGACAGCUAAAAGUAGAUGCAUUUGGAAAGUGAAUGUUCAGGACUACUUUCUGUCUUCUGGUUCCUGAUGAAUGAUGCACGGUAUGGUAGCCGCCUCUAGGCUCCAGUUUUUCUAUGGAAGCUAUAGUAUAGAUUGUAAUUUACCCUCAAUUGUUGGCUCGGUGGUAAGAAGUUGUGUUAAUGUUAUUAAUGUUAUUUGCGAUCAAUGUUGGGUUCAUAUAUAGAUUUUUGUGCCUGUCCCAGUGAGACCAUCAAUUACUUGCUCAAAAUUUUAAUUCAAUUGAGGUUCUCUAUCUUUCAUAUCU